UCGACCGUGCUGUCGGGGCAUUUAAACGCUGGACGGGCGAUAGCGGGGCCACAACUAUAUUAGCUAGUUAACUAGCUAGCUUCCCCGGUGCCCUAUUUUUGGAGCGAUUGAAGACCAUUCCAGUUGGCGCUGGCCAGUUCUGCCUCUGAGUUUGCCAGUGACAUUGUCCUGUGUGCAGGUGAAAUGACUGUGGCCAAUGCCAAGUCCACCUCAGCCAUGCGAAAAGUCCUGGACAAUCUUAUGGACCUACCCAAAUCCACAGGAGCCCAUGACAUUGACCUCAUCUUCCUUAGAGGCAUCAUGGAAAGCCCCAUCAUUCUAUCCCUCGCCAAGGCGCAUGAGCGACUGGAGGACGUGAAGCUGGAAGCAGUGGGGACCAACAACGUACAGCUAGUGACGGAGAUCUUGGAGGACAUUCGGGGCUUGAGAAACCAGAAUAACAGUGCUGAGGAGCUCUUGCACAUACUGGAGGAACCCCACUUCCAGGCACUGUUAGAAGCUCACGACAUGGUUGCCUCCAAAUGUUAUGAUGCUCCGACCGAGACUUCAGAGGUCACUAAGGAGACAGCAGUGGGCAAUUCUCUGACACAGGCAGAUGCCGUGCGGGUGAUAGGGAUACAAAAGAAGACCAGUGAACCCUUGGGUGUGACCUUCCGCGUGGAGAAGGGCGAGCUUGUGAUCGCGCGCAUCCUGCAUGGCGGCAUGAUCGACCGGCAGGGCCUGCUGCACGUGGGCGACAUCAUCAAGGAGGUGAACGGGCGGGAAGUGGGCAGCAACCCUGCAGAGCUCCAGGAAACCUUGAAGGAGUGCAGUGGCAGCAUCACGCUCAAGAUCCUGCCCAGCUACAGGGACCCACCACUCCCCACACAGGUCUAUUUGAAGACACACUUCGAGUACAAUCCAGCCAAUGACAGUCUGAUCCCCUGCAAGGAGGCAGGGCUAGCCUUUUCCAGAGGAGACAUCCUGCAGAUUGUCAACCGGGAGGACCCCAACUGGUGGCAGGCAAGCCGCGUGGUGGGUGGAGCCACGGGACUAAUCCCCAGCCAGUUCCUUGAGGAGAAGAGGAAAGCCUUUGUCCGGAGAGACUGGGACGGGUCAGGUAUGCUCUGUGGGACCAUAACUGGAAAGAAGAAGAAGAAGAUGAUGUACCUCACAGCAAAGAAUGCAGAGUUUGACCGACAUGAGCUGCAAAUUUAUGAGGAGGUGGCGAAGAUGCCCCCGUUCCAGAGGAAGACGCUGGUCCUGAUCGGAGCUCAGGGUGUGGGCCGGCGCAGCCUGAAGAAUCGACUCAUGGUGCUUAACCCCUCUCACUUUGGGACCACUGUGCCCUUCACGUCAAGGCAUCCUCGUGAUGAAGAGAGGGAUGGUCAGUCGUAUCGCUUUGUGACACGAGUGGAGAUGGAGGCAGAUAUCAAGGCUGGCCGCUACCUGGAGCACGGCGAGUAUGAUGGGAACCUGUACGGAACCAAGAUUGACUCCAUCCAUGAGGUGGUGGACACUGGCCGGACCUGCAUCUUGGAUGUCAACCCCCAGGCCCUGAAGGUGCUGAGGACAUCGGAGUUCAUGCCAUUUGUGGUGUUCAUAGCUGCUCCAGAGCUGGACAUACUGCGUGCAAUGCACAAAGCUGUAGUUGAUGCAGGGAUCACCACAAAACUGCUCACGGACACGGACUUGAAGAAGACAGUGGACGAGAGCGCCAGGAUCUGCAGGGCCUACAGCCACUACUUCGACCUCACCAUUGUCAACAACAACUUGGACAAGGCGUUCGAGGAGCUGCAGGCUGCUGUGGACCGGCUGUGCUCAGAACCACAGUGGGUCCCAGUCAGCUGGGUCUACUGAUUGCUUCCGCUGCUGUUGAACCAGGCACCCAGCCGGUAGGGUCACUGGGUGACCAGCCAAGAAUUGUGCCAGCAGUGCAAUACCACAAACCUCUCAGUACACUGAUCAAUUUUUGUACUCAGACCAAAGGGAAGUGUACUUAUUUAUUUUUUUAUAAAACUUUUUUUGCCGAACAUGUUUGUACUCUUAUCAGUCUUGAGUUUUAAAGGCUAUGAAGGGGAAAUGGACACUUAAAUCACUUUAUAUCCUUUUCUGCAUCUUGGCUGCAGAAUUUUCCAACAAUAUUGACUACUCGUGAGAUUUUUUUUAUUUUUAUUUAUUAAUGGGGCGAGCAGGGCUCUUUUGGAGACACUAAAGUACCUGUUUCAUCUCAUUGUUUACAUGCCUUGUAACCAUGGUGAUCAUACCUGUAACUUGUCUGUCGUCUUAUCCAUCACCCUUCCUGUCUCAUCUGAAGUUCUUGCGCAACAUUAGCAGCUUUUAGACCUACUUUAAGGAAUUUUUUUUCCCCCCCCUCCCCCCUAAAGUGAGAAUUUAGUUUUUUAUAGCUUUUCAUUUGUUGUUUGUGCUGUAAUUUGUAUGGAAUUCCAGGUUCUGGGAUACAUUUUCCUUUCAGUGAGUAGACAACUUUUUUUACUUUAAAUCCUUGACCUCUUAACUUGCUGCAGUAUACAUUUGUCAUGUGAGGGUUUUUUCUCCUCCCUUUCUGUGGUGUUCAUGGUCUAGUGUGUCUUGGUUAUUGCUUCUAGGCAAAGUAUAACUUAUUCCUUCAGUGUUUUGUGGUACUGAAUUGCAGAGAUCCUCCUGCCCUUGUCAUCCCAAUUUUAAAUUUAGUAUAAUUUAUUUAGCUUUUUAUUUAGUAGUUCUUGGGAACUGGGAAGUAUUUUAUAAUAGAGGCCUGUAUUUUAAGGAACUAAAAUUUAAUAAACUAGAGUGAUAAUUUUUUGAAUGUUUUCAUAGUUUUUGACUUUUUGCUUUUUUUCCCCCCACAGCAGCUAUUCUGAAGCUUUACGAAGCAGGUGCUGUGUCACCUCAGACAGGCUGGCAUUUUUGUCACUUAAGCAGCUCUACAAUGGUUUGUUGAAGUAAGUGACUGAGUACACCAUGAUUUCAGCUCUCCCCCUUUAGUUUCUUGUCAGCUGAAUUAAUCACACUUCAUUAAUGAAUUUGAAUUAAUAAACAGUGUAUAUAAGAGAAUUGUCUGGCCAUAAGCAAUGACACACCAAUAAUGACAUAUGUAGGGAAGUGACAUUUAUAAAUGUAUACAGCUGUAAAACAAGCUAGUUUUAAAAGUUAGGAAAGGAUAGGCUGACAAGGAUCUUGCUCUUGUCAUGUUGCUGGCAUCUUUAUGCAAGACCAUGCCAGUCAGCCCCACCUUUAUGUGAAAUGAGUGGCAUGUACAGUUAUUUACAAUAACUUAACUAUAUAUAAUAGAAAAGUGGUCUGUCUUCAGGUAAUCAGAGCUAACAGAAUAUGCAAAGUGGUGGAAGAUAAAGCAAUGGCAUAGAGGGCAAUGCGUGUGAUGGGCUGCCAGCGUAUACCCUACCCAGCCACGUUCACACAUGGGCUGAGAAUAGAGGAGAAGCAAUACUAUCCCUGUGGAUGACUGGUGGGUGGUGGUAUUUGGUUUGGCGCUUUCCUUGACUUCAGGUUGUUGCUGUUGGACCUUUUUUUUUUUUUUUUUUUUUUUUUUUUUU